AUGGUCCAUUUCAUUAUGAUACUUGCUAAGCAUAUAACCCUUAAUGCAAACUCAAAAGAGAUGGUACCUAUGUGGGAUGACAGCUGCUACAUGUGCAGGUAUAUCCGCAGCUAAUUGUACAGGUUCAGAGGAAGGAAAAUGCUAUUUAAGUGGUACUACUUACACAUUAGCUAGUGAUACAACCACAGGAAUAGGAUUGACUCCUGCAUAUUAUGAAGGAAUUAAUGCUGGUGGUAAUACAUGUUCAGCAAAUUCAGAAUUAACCGCUUCUGUUGAGAAAUUAGAUGCUUACACUGGUUAUGCAAUUGCUGAUUGUCUUUCAGUUAUCACUAAAACGAAAUGUUUUGUAAAUGCUGGUGGUGAUGGAUGUGAAGCUUAUGAUGAUGCUACUUCCGAUCCUUGCCCCACUGUAAAACUCUUUAAAUAGGAGCAGUAGCAAUUUCAUAUAUUGAUGGCAUUUGUAAAUUAUAUGAUUGCCAGGCUAAAGCAGAUAAAUCUGGUUGUGAAGCCAUCACUCCACCUGUUGUUGCAACUCCAACCUGUGCUAGUUAUACUGGUCUAUUUACUUAUUAGGCUUGCUUAGGCUUCUUCAGUACUUGCACAGCAAAUGUAGCUAAGACUACUUGUAUCGCCAUAAAAGAUACUAGCACAGAUUCUACUACUAGGGAGUGUGCAUAUGCAAAAAAAAAAAAAAAAAUGCCUAGUUUCUGGAACAUCAUUUGUUUAAAAGAAUUGUGAUUCAGCAGCCUCUACUGUUACUACUUUAGCUGGAUGCUAAGCAGGUUCAACAAAUUGUGUUAUAAGAGUAGGAGGAUGUUAAUUCAGAGCUAAUUGUGCUUCAUAUAAAGUUUAGGGCACCUGCGUUAAGAAUGCUUGUGGACUCCUACAGCAGCUAAAUUUGUUGAUAAAAGUUGUAGUGCAGCCAAAGCAUCAACUAGUUUUGAUAGUCAUACUAAAUGUUUAACCGUUGGAAAAUGUACAGUCAAAGCAACUGCAGACAAGGCAAUUGUUUAAGGUUGUAUUUCAUUUGUUGCUUGUAGUUUAUGUACAAUUGAAGAAUAAUGUAAGAAAAAUACUAAAGAUAAAGAUUGUGUUUGGAAUACAAAUGCUGAUCCAGUUACUUGUGCUGACAUAUUAUGUGCCACUGCUCCAAUUACAUCCUAUAGUGAUCAUGACGGAUGUAGAGAAUAUCUUGUUGGAUGCACAGUAAAUGUUAUUGAUGUCAAUGGAACACCAACACUUUAAGGAUGUGUUGCAUAUAAAACAUGUAAUUCAUACACUCAUGAAGGAUAAUGUAAGAUUAGUAGUGAUAAGGACAACACAGGUGCAAAUAUUGUAUGUGGAUGGAAUGGAACAACUUGUGCCAUUAAGAGCUGCUUAACAGCUUAAGGAACUGUGAACACUCCUACUUUUUUGUGGAUUAUUUAGCUGGUUGUACUGUUAAUGCAACAGAUAAAGGUUGUGUUGCUAUUCCAGAUGUCUGUGAAGGUAUGAUAUAAAAUCUAUGCUCUGAUAGAUCAGCUGACAAAUCACAUGAAAAUGUUUCUGGGAUACAACUGAAAGCAAGUGUAUAACAAAGAAAUGUGAAAAUUCACUAAACUAUGGAUCAGAAUCAGAAUGCGACACUUAUUUAUCUGGUUGCACAACUGACGCUAUUAAAUGCAAGACCAAAAUAUGUGAAGAUUUCUCAUUAUCAACCGAUGCUUUAUGUAAAGCAGGACUCUCUAUUUGUACAUCAAAUGGAGUUAAUUGCGUUAAAAUAGGAACAUACAGUUAAGCCUUAGCUGAAGCUGGAUGUGUUACAGAUUCAAAUUUGAAGUAGUGCUAAUGGAUGACUCUAACCGGAUAAGAUGCUUACUGUACAAACAAAAGUUGCACAACUGCCCCAACAUCAUUGACAACCGAAGCUUAAUGUGUUGCCUACUUUACACCUUCAGUUGGAAUAUGUACCACCAAGAAAGAUGGAGGUUGCACACUUAAAGGAGCAUGCACAUCAGCUAAUGUUGCCACUGCUUGUACUACUGACAAUAAUAAGAAUGAAUGCUAAUGGGACACUGAAGCUAAUAAUUGUAGAUUAAAAGAAUGCCAAGAUUUUGCUGGAACAACCCAUGCUGCUUGCUAAAAAUAAAGAACAGUCAUGCAAGAGUUUAGAUUGAAACAGUACUGAAUGUGUAGGAAUUACAAGUUGUGGAGCCACAAACAUUAAGGGAGGGUGCAAGACAGGAACAGAUGAUAAUGUAUCUAAACAGUAUCCGCUAAAGGAGCCACAGACACUAUUUGCAAGAAGUUUACCUCAUGUGCUGAUCCUUUCUACUUAACCCAUGAUGAAUGUAUUUCAGCUAAUCCAAAUUGUACAUCAGAUUAAUUAACUGGAUGUAUUCCGUUGGCUGAUUGCUCAACAAAUACCCAAAACUAAUGUUUCAGAAACAAGGAUGGAAAAUAAAAAGAUGCUAAUGGAGGUAUUACAUCACCUGGUAUUGCGUUUGGGAUGA